UCCCCCGGGGAUUGGGGUGUACAGGUAUAAAUAAUUUCCUCGAGCAACACCGAUUUAUUUGUAAAGACCUUUUGACUUGAAAAAUAGGUGCAACAUUAAUUGAAAUAAACUCGAGCCAUGCCUAGCAAUAUUCUGUCCGCUAUUGCAGUUUCAGAAGACCAAGCAAAAACUAAAGAUGAUGCAUUACGUAAUAACAAUUCUAAUGAAACAGAGUUCCAGUUGGUGCAUCUUAAAAGUGCCUGGUGCUGUAUGAAGGGCGACAGUUCAAGUCUGAGUGACCACAUCUCAGAAGCAAAAAUCUAUGAAUCUACUUCGGAGCAAGGGAAGUCCUGGACAAUUGUGAGCCCCAUCUACUUCAGGUAUAAAGUAGUAGAGUCCCAAAACCUUCUGGAACCUGGCAAUGACACGUUACUUACUGGUCACUUAAGAGAUCCUGAGCAACUGGAUGCCUUCCGCAGCAGCACGAAGCCCAUCAAACGCUUUGUUGUCAUUGACGAGACUGUUAACCAACUCUAUGGCCCUCAAGUAAGCAGUUACUUUGAGGCCAGAAACGUUAAUUAUAAAAUCCUUCCUCUCCCUACCACAGAAGAGAACAAAUCCAUGGAGCUGGUGAUGAAAAUCUUGCAAGAGCUCCACAGCUUUGGCAUCAGCAGACACACAGAGCCCAUCAUUGCAAUCGGCGGAGGGGUGUGCUUGGACAUUGUGGGAUUUGCAGCCUCUCUGUAUAGGAGGCGCACUCCCUACAUUCGGGUGCCGACAACACUGCUGUCUUACGUUGAUGCCAGCGUGGGGGCCAAAACUGGAGUGAACUUUUCUCAGUGCAAAAACAAGCUGGGAAGCUAUAUCCCUCCUGUAGCCACUUUCCUAGACAGGUCGUUUAUCCAAACAGUGCCACGUCGUCAAAUCUCCAAUGGUCUGGCAGAGAUGUUAAAGAUGGCACUCAUGAAACACAAAGGUUUGUUUGAGUUGUUAGAGAGCCAUGGAAAAUUCCUGUUGGAUACCAAUUUCCAGUCCUGCAAUGGUUUGUUAGACCACGGGUGUGUUGCUUUAAUGACUUCAAGGAUUGCAAUAGAAACCAUGCUGGAAGAGCUAGCCCCAAAUCUCUGGGAAGAUGACCUGGACAGAUUGGUUGAUUUUGGCCAUUUGAUAAGCCCAGAAUUAGAGAUGAAAGUACUGCCAACAUUAAUGCACGGAGAAGCGGUCAAUAUUGACAUGGCAUACAUGACGUACGUGUCCAAUGACAGAGGCUUCUUGACCACUGCAGAGAGAAAUCGCAUUAUUCAGUGCAUGAAGAACUUGGAGCUUCCAGUCUGGCACCAUGAUUUCAGUCUAAACCUGGUGAAGAAAUCCCUCAAUGAACGCCUGAAGCAUUCUGAAGGACUCCAGAGAAUGCCCUUACCGACUGGUGUGGGAACCGCAGAAAUUUUUAAUGACAUAGAUGAUGAAGUCUUGGAAAGAUCUUUUAAGAAAUGGUGCGAGGAUCUGAGCACUGAAGAAUAAAAAGAUGUAUGUGUCACAAAAUGAUUUAGAUCUAAAUGCCACCUUCCUAAAUACCAUUCUACAAUAAUCCUGGUUUCAUUUUCUAUAGAAUCUUGUGAUGGUUUUCCACAAAUUAUUUUUAAUCUCAUUACAUUGAAUAAAAGACAUCUGAUUUAUGAA